GAACAAAUUUUUGAAAUGAUGUUUAUAUAUUUCUUUUUUCUUUAUUUGCAGGUUAUUUCUGAAAUUAUUGAAACUUGUCGUGCACAUGAUUUCACGGAUGUAGUGUUUGUUCACGAGCAUCGUGGUGUACCAGAUGGUAUAAUUAUAAGCCAUUUACCUUUUGGUCCAACUGCUUACUUUGCAUUACUCAAUGUGGUUACAAGACAUGACAUUAAGGACAAAAAAGCCAUGGGAACAAUGCCCGAGGCUUACCCACAUUUGAUUCUUAACAAUUUCUCAACCAAGCAAUGUGUUGCCUCUGAAUAUUUGUGGAUCUGCUGAUUGCUGAUAGCUCGGCCAAAGGACAGCAAACAUUUUAAAGUAUCUAUUUCCAGUGCCCAAGCCUGAUACAAAACGUAUCAUCACUUUUGCCAAUCAGUCUGACUAUAUUUCUUUCAGGUUGGUUGUCUUUUGCAUACUUUCACAGAUGCUUCUGUUUACUGUUGAAUUGAUAUAAAGUUUAAUUUGUGAGAAAGUAAACAUCCAUGGAUGUAAUCCUCUACAUUAUCCAUAAUGAAUUUGCUACUUCACUGAUAUUGUCCCCUUGGAUCUCCAAUCUGCAUGUCUGCAGUGCUGCUAGUGCACUGUACCUUUAUGUCUUUUCUCAUUGUUUGGCGUGUUCAAGUCAUACUAUUUUUAGUAUUCUUUUUUUGAGAACUAUGGAAGAAAUGGAAUUUUGUCGUCUUUUCUGUUGAAUUUUAAUUAUGCAUGAAGGCACCCCUCUCAAUGGAGCUGUUGGUUUUAUAUCAAAUUUAGUUUAUUCACUUCAAAACUUAAUUUGUCUUAAGAGGAAAAGUUAAAUUAAGAUUUGAUAGGUUAUAUUUUGAUGUUAUCAAUUAAUUAUACUGGUAUUCUUGACCUCUAUUUGCUGUAGUGCUAAUUCAUCUCUUCCCAGCCAUGUAUGUAGUGUGUCCCAUCAUGGGGGACUGGGGGAUCUACUGAUGUAGUAGAAUAAGUGCCUUAAGUGUCAAAAGUCCUUUGUCUAGUGUCAUUAGUUUUUGUAUUAGGUGUCCAUAUUAGUUGUGGCUGUUAAGUGGUCUUAGUCUAUAAAUAGGUGAUGUCAUAAGAGUCAUUGUUAUGAGUUUUUUUUAUUAAAAGAAUAUACAUAUUGAUUGGAGCAGAGCUUUGGUUUCUCUAACCCUUCAUUAGGGGUUUAUCCCCUAAUUGGGAAUUUGUUCUCUCUCUCAAUUGAAAUUUGAUUUACAUUUUGAUUGCAUUACCUUCAUUUAGGUGAAGCAUUUAACUGAAAGUUAGGUAAUGACUCCCUCUAGCAACAAUUUGGGGGGGUAUGUGUCAGCCAUGUCAAAGUAGUUAAUCUGAUCUCUCAAUUAGGAUUGAAGGGGCCAAUGAUUCCUGAAAACUAGGCCUGUAAUGCCCAAAAGAGAGCAAUCUGAAACGGCUUCAUCAAAGUUGAGCAAUUUAAGAAAAAAUGUAUUGGCAAAGAAUCAACAGCGACAUGACUCGUUAAAUUGCAUACCCACUUCAAAAUCUUGCUUUUUUGGUCUUCCAUUAGUUAAGCCCAGCGUCGUAGUUGCUGUUUUCUCUCCUCUUCGUGUUGCUCUUGCAUCUGCAUUUUUUAUGUGACCCACUGAUGUUCUUGUCAAACAGGUUGCUUUCAUUCUCAAAUGCCUUUAGAAGCUUUAAGAAAUUGCAUCUCUCAUAUUAUUUGUCAAUCUAACU